AAUCUGGCGCGCGUUCACUCAUGAGUGCACUAAACAAUUUUUUUGCCUGAAAAAAAUAAUUUUUUUUUUCAAAACUUUUUCUGAAUAAAAAAUUUCAAAACCAACGAUGGACGAUUUAGAAAUUAUCAAAGAAAAUGUUCAACCAUUACGUCAAGGCAGGAAAAUUGAAGAAUUAAAAGCAGCAUUUGGUUCUGAUAUUGUCGAAACUAAUAACCGUCGUGAAAUGAUUCGACAAAAAUUCCAAAACGACAUUGAUCAAUGCAAAAACGAUGAUGAUAAACUGUUUGAAUUAUAUUAUAAAUAUAUUGAUUGGAUUGAACAAAAUUAUCCACAUGGUUCGAAAGAGAUAAAAUUCAAAGAAAUAUUGGAAAAUUGUUUGGAAAAAUUUUACAAAAAUGAAAAAUAUCAAAACGAUGAACGAAUGUUAUCGAUAUUUCUGCGUCACAUAAAUUUAAUUAGCAAUCCGAUUGAUGUUUUUAAAUUUUUUUAUAAAAAAAAUUUUGCAAAAAAACUAUCACGUUUUUAUAAAGAAUGGUCAUAUCAAUUUGAAAUGCAAAAUAAAUUCAAACAAGCAAUGAAAGUAAUCAAAUUAGGUAUUGAUAAUGGUGCCGAACCAAUAUCGGCAUUGACAAGAACAUUAAACGAUUUGGAAGUACGAACGAUGCGUUUUGUUACAACAACAGCAACGGACGAAGAACAAACCAACGAACGAAAAGCAUUGAAUAAAUUAAAACCAUUAAAAGAUUCAAGUGGGAAAAUAGUCAAAGCACCUAUAACAAGAACUUGUACAUUGAAAAAUAAUGAUGGUAUUAGGAAAAUAUCGAAUAUUGAUCCUAAAUCAAAUCAACAACAACAACAAAAUGUUGAACCAAAAUUUGAAAUUUUUACUGAAAAUGAAAUUGAUGAUGAUGAUCAACCACCACUGCCACCACCACAAUCAGAUGAUUUGAAAAUCAGCAAUCAACAAAUAUCGGUAAAAGAAAAUGAAAUAAAAACCGAUCAAUGGAAAGGAAACCGGUUGGAUUUGAAGAAGAAAAAAUUACCAUUAUCGGCUAAUAAACAGGAAAAAUUUGAAAUAUUUUGUGAUUCGAAUAAUGUUGCAGUGUCGUCGUCGUCUUCAUCAGACAAUAAUGUUGAUAAACAACAACAACAAAAUAACGAUGAUCAAAAAUAUCCUGUAGUUAUAAUGGAUAAUAAAGAAAAAUUAAAAGGUUGGAUACUAUACGAUCGUAUCGAUGAAAUAUAUCGUAAUGGAACAGAAUAUUCAUUGGAAGAAUUAAAAUAUAAAAAAUGGUUGGCCAAUCAAGAAGAGAAAUUGUUGAUGGAAAAACAAAAAUUAGCUGAAAAAGAUGCUAAUGAAAAAACCGCUGCUGCUGCUGCUGUUAAUGAAAUUGAAAAACAAAAUCAACCAGAAUCGGAAGAAAAAACAACAUUAUUUUUUAUUGAUCCAAAAAAUUCAACAGAAAUAAUAUCAUCAUAUUUAAAUAGUACAUUAUAUCAAACAUUUAAUCAAACUGAACAAUCAAGAUUUAUUAUUGCUGCCGAUAUUUCACAUACUGGAUUUGAUAAUUAUAACGAUAAUGAUAAUGGUAAUUAUCAAUCGGCUGUUGAUCAACAACAAAAACAACAAGAAAAUUUUAAUAUUUUUGUUGAUAAUGAUCAACAACAACAAAACGAUAACAACAAAUUGGAUCAAACAAUGAUAAAUUCACCAUCAUCAAACGGUAAAAUUGUGAAAUCUCAACAAAAACAACGUUUAAAUCUCAACAAACCAACGUUUUUUAAUGAAAAUACUGGACAUUUAAGUCCGAUUGUUGAAUUAAGUCGUGAAGAAUAUAGUAAAUCUUCAUCAUCAUCGUCGUCUUCGUCAUCGGCUACAAUAAGCUAUGUGGGUACAAAAAAAGUACUCAUUUUCAUCAAUAAUAAUAAUAAUUUGGAUCCAUUUGAUUUGAAAAAUCGACAAAAAAUUUUAUCCAAAAUUUCUGAUCCAAUUGAUUUUCGUACUGGUUAUCAUAAAAUAUCCGGGCAAAAAUUACCCAAAAUUUUUAUUGGACAAAUUUUUCAAAAUUUUAAUCAAAAAUUUAUUUUACUUCCUUAUGACAAUCAUAACGAUGAUGACCAUGAUAAUAAUGAUGAAGAAUUUUAUCUUUAUGCACGACCAAUAUUGGAUGAUCAAAAUCAAUCAGAUUUUUCAAUAAAUUCAAUGAAAUUAUCCAGAAAAAUUGAUUAUUAUUGGGAAUUCUAUAUUUAUGAUGAAUUACGAAAACGUUUAAAACAGAAUAAAUAUGGUACCGAUAUUGAUCUAUCGAUAUUAUUAAUUGAACAAAUGAUUUUCUUUCAAAAUGGUUAUCUAACAUUUUAUAAGGAUUUUGAUUGGAAUUUUUCCCUACGGAAUUUAAUUCGAAAAAAUCAAGAAAGAUUUCCCGAUUUAAUCAUUGCAAUUGUUGCAUUAGAAUUGAUAUUAAUCAUUAAGAAAUUACAUGAUUGUGAAAUAAUUCAUUCGAAUAUUUCCAUUGAUAAUGUUAUUCUGUCUUCAAUUAACGAAGAUGAUAUUGAUGCUUUACCAAUACAAACAUCAUUGAUUAAAUUGAUAAAUUUUUCACAAUCAAUCGAUAUGAAAAUUUUACCCGAUGAUAUUCAAUUUGAUAUUCAAACAAUUGAAAAUAAACAACAACAACAAUAUCGAUUAUAUUGGGAUAUUUUACAACCAAAAUCAUGGAAUUAUCAGAUUGAUUGGAUUGGUUUCUUGAAUUGUAUCCAUUGGAUGGUAUUUGGUAUGGAUUUAAAAAUUCAAAAACAAAAUCAAAACAUCUUGGUUUUGGAACAAACAUUUGAUUCAAAUCUUUCGACAAUUUUUGAACCAAUAUUUAAACAACUUUUAAAUCUAAAUGCUAAUCAAAAACCAGAUCUAGAUGAUCAUAUUAUGAAAUUGAUUGAUUUUAUCAAAUCAAAUAUCGAUAAAGAUGACAUUAGUAUGUUUAAUUCAUUUUUCUUAACUAAUGAAUUGAAUCGAUUGUAAAGUAAACAAAUAAUCAUUUUUU